UGAAGAACACGAAUUCGUUUUUUGUUCUUUAUAAAAAUGAAGAACUAAUUUUUUGAAGAACAAAAACGCGAAAAUAGGCUGAAGAACAUAUAUUCUGUUCUUCAGUUUUCAAAGAACACAUUCGUGUGCUUCACCAUGUUCUUCAAAGAACGGAAGAACACAGAUUUCAAACAGUGUAGAACUAUCCUUUCUUUAACUUUUUUUCCAAUCUUCUUUGUGACCAUCAGUCAAACUAAUACGAUUUGAGACAAGCAGAUACAGCUCUUUGAACUCACCAAAAACUUACAGCAUAAAACGCAAACCCUAGUCUUUGAACAAAUUUCUCAUUGCCACCGUAACCAUCACGAAAAACCUUCGUAACGCCCAUCUAUAUUGCAGAUCUCUUAAACAAAAUGUAUAAUAAAAUUUUAUAUGAUACGUUACUUCUUAAUGAACGACAUCUAGCAAAGACCAAGUGCUUCAGUCUAGAGGCAGGCUAAAGUGCUACAUUUGUAAGCUAUUUUUUUUUAUAAAGAAGAUCGCCUGUCAACCCAACUGACUCCUUGCUUUAUGUUAUCCAGAAAUGUGUGUGUAGAGACACAUGUGUUUUGUCUGCUAAACUCACUCACUUCACUUUUCCAUAUUUCGUAUAAGCAAAACUAUUAAGAAUCCCAAUGGUGGAAUCAGAUAAAUGUUAUGAGACAAAAGUGAGCAUAGCUAAAUCUGAACAUUCACAACAAUUCCCAAUUUAAUAUAUACGUGUGAAAUUAAUUUUUUUAUAAAUGAUGAACUAAAGUAACCAACCAUAAGGUAUUCGUUCAAAAUUAUGUUCUAACUGCGUUCCAGAAAGACAGACGAAAUUAACUAUUAGGGUUAAAAUUGCGAUAUUAGAAGAGUUGACGCUUGACCUGGUGAAAAGGGUUGCUUGUAUGUUCUUUCCGCUUCUUCUCUCUGUAAAUACUUGAUCUGAUCCAUCAGUAGUGGAAUGUCCAUCCAAAGAAGAAUUUUUAGCAUGCAAAAAAUAUACCAGUCGAUAGCAUUUUUCAUCAAUUUGAAAUGUAUCAUUCUGUCUAUGUAAGCUAAAAAUGACUAAACAGACUAGACUUAAGAAUACUUUCGACUCCAAUUCUAACAACUCCGAGUGCCAAAACCUGACUUCAUUUGGCGACUAGUUCUCUUCAAGGAGCCUUAGUUAGAGAUCAUUAACUAGUUCUAACUAGUCGAUAAAGUGAUUCGACUCGGUUAUUCAUUAAAAUUAGAAAAAUUAAUGCCAGGGAUCAGAAUCAAAUCUACUAACGUAUGCAUGUUGCGUGCAGGCAAUUAAUCAUGUGUGCAGAUUAAGGAUGGAUCAGUUUCCGAACAAAAAUUGACUGUUCAACAGUGAGCUACUUUCUAUUUUUUCUUACUAUGCAGACACGAUUCUCGAAAGUUUUGGGACUGGUCACGGAUAGAGUCAUUGGAAAAUUUCCGUCUAUCUGAGGUGAAUAUUCAUCACUGUUACUCGUGCUUGACUAAAGUGAAUAAACUUUAUUGUCAUGAAUAAACAAUAAUAACUCUAUUUUAGUUACAUAUUCGAAGUAUGGUACAACAGACGAUAGUAGCAAACUGGAUUCGAAUCUAAAUGGUUUUAUUGUAUUUAAUGGUGAUGACCAGAUAACGGCAGAUGGUUUUCUUACAGAAAUAACUAUUAACUGUUUCACUUUACCUAAAACGACAAUGACUCCUACAGAAAAUAUUCCUAAACGUGAGGAUAUCACGACAAGUACAGUUAGGACAGGACUUACCGAAUACGCUCAAAUGACGGUGCCAACGUCUACAAGUCGAACACCGAGUGCUAAAAGUGUCCAAAUCCCCAAUGAACCAUAUAUUUCACUCUAUUUAAUUUCACAAGAAUUUUCAAUUGAUUCAAAAUAUCGUUUAGAUUACAACCUAAAUAGUUCCAGUAAGAUUCAAAAUAUCAGACUUCCGGACAAACCAAAAAUAGAUGUCAAAAAAGGACAAUAUGUAGCCAUUGGCUUCGAAAAGAAUAGUGGUAGUCCAUAUAGCGUGAAACGAAAUGAAUAUUCUAUUGGCAUAAACAAUCCAGACAUUAUUUCUUGGAAUAAUAAUAAUGAUACAACGACUCAUGAGCAACGAAACCAACAAAAAAUUCCAUUUUCAAAUUAUUUAAACAAAGGUGCAGCAUUCAGUUUUGUUGUUGAGCUCAUCCAUCAUGUCAACUUUGAACUCCCGCUGAACAAUCAGCCAAAUGAACAUGGUGGAGAGCCCAUCAAUAAACCAUCGAAAAAAUUAAGCAAGAAUGACGAUAAGAUUAGUAAAUUUCAAGAACGAGAUGACAUUUUACGUGAAUUCAGUAUAGCCGAAGAUUAUUGGGAAAAAAUUAUUUCUGAAAUAAAAAAGCGAGAAAGAAUGGAAAAUUCAACAGCAGAGACAACAAAUAUUGCCAAAUAA